CUUAAUUAGCUCCCUUAGAGAACCUGUCAUAACGGUGUAGCGUUUGCUACCUUAAAACGUCUUCUUUAUCUCAUCUGUGAUGAAAUCAUGGCUGUUCAUGAAUCUCUCCGAUUGCAUAUUACAUCAGAAAAAUUCAUUAUUGAAGCUAAAGAUUCAGUAACUAAUGAGUUAUUGGUUAUUGAUCGGGUGACUCAAGAGAUAAAUCUGCAAGUUGGAAGCCAAAUCCCAGAAGCAGCUUCUGUAAAACCCAUUUAUGGUAUUUUAGGUAUCAUCAGAUUGGUAGCAGGACCUUAUCUCAUUGUGAUAUCCCAAAAAAGUAAAGUUGGUGAAAUUAAUGGACAUUCAAUAUGGAAGAUUACAGACACAGAGAUUUAUUCUUACAAACGAACUAUGCUUCACCUCACAGAAAAACAGAUCACCGACAACAGAGUCUAUUUAACGAUGGUUGAAAGUUUCCUUAAAACAGAUGGUUUUUACUUUUCUUCGACUUUUGAUUUAAGCCAUUCCCUACAGCGGUUAGCAAACACUAGCCCAGAUUUUAUGAACAUUCCGCUUUUUGAUAGGGGUGAUCCACAAUUUAUUUGGAAUGGUCAUAUCACCAGAGAGUUAGCCCAACAACCAGAACUUGGAAAAUUUUGUCUACCAGUAGUUCAUGGAUUUGUAUCUAUACGCUCUUGUACAGUCAACAAUAAGGCCAUAGACUAUAUUUUAAUUUCCAGAAGAUCAGUUUACAGAGCUGGUACUAGAUUUUAUAUGCGAGGCUUAGAUUCAGAGGGACAGGCAGCUAAUUUUGUGGAAACUGAACAAAUGCUUCUCCAUGAUGGCCAUAAAUGUUCUUUGGUGCAGAGUCGUGGUUCAAUACCAUUGUACUGGUCACAGCGACCCAAUCUUAAAUAUAAACCAACACCCGUUAUCAGCAGUACAGCUAAUCACAUGGAUGCCUUUAAUCGACACUUUGAUGCUCAGAUUUAUUCCUAUGGGAAACAAGUGCUUAUCAAUUUGAUUGAUCAUAAAAAACCUGAGGGUUACUUGGAAAAGGCCUUUGCUCAGAUGAUAGUAAAUGCUGCAAACAAAGAUAUCAGGUAUGAAGCAUAUGAUUUUCAUCACGAAUGUCGAAAUAUGCGAUGGGAGAGGCUUUCAAUUCUAAUAGAUUUGGUACGUGAAGAAAGAAAAGAAUUAGGCUUUUUCUCUUCAUCGCGAGAUGGCAUUACCUUAACACAACAGAAUGGUGUCUUCCGGACAAACUGCAUUGAUUGCCUAGAUCGUACCAAUGUUGUACAAAGUAUGAUAGCCAAAGAGUCAUUACAAGAUCAGUUAUUUUAUCUUCAGGUUUUACCCCCAGGAAAAGAUGUAAUGGAUUCUCAAAACUUUUCAUACAUCUUUAAAAAUGUGUGGGCUGACAAUGCAGAUAUUUUAUCAAAGCAGUAUGCUAGCACAGGUGCAUUAAAAACAGACUUUACUCGGACUGGUAAACGAACUAAAUAUGGCUUAAUGAUGGAUGGUUUAAAUUCACUAAUCCGUUAUUUCAAAAACAAUUUUAAAGAUGGAUUCCGACAGGAUUCUAUUGAUUUAUUUCUUGGAAAUUAUCUUGUUGAAGAACAAGAAGGUAUUACAAGACCCUCUCCUUUAGUGAAUGAUCGAGAUUGGAAAUUCUAUGCAUUGCCAGCUGUAUUUUUUGUUUCCUUCGCAAUGCUUGUUAUUUGUUUACUUUUGCCUGACGAACAUGCCACUGAACAAAUAUUAUACAUAUUUUUCUGGGGUGGCUUUUGCAUUUCAUCAGUCUUGGCCAUCUAUAUGUUUGGAGAGGUAUUUGUUGAUGCACCUCGUCUGGCACAGGCAAAAGUACAAAUAGACUAACAGUGAUGGUACUAAUUACAUUUAUAUGAUGAAGAUGACAAUGGGCAAGAUGAUGAUGAUGACGACGAUUUUUUCCCCCUCCAGUCCAUUGUUAUUUCAGAUGCUGUAAGAAUACUUAAAGACAAUUUUAAAAAAAAAUCUAUUUCUAGAUAAAAGUUUUUACAAAACUAUUAUAUUCAUUUAUGAAAUCGAAAUCAAAUUACCCCUUAAUUAUUUCCCCUUUCAUAGUUAUUUAGACUUAUACCACAUUUGAGAAUAUAUAUACAGACAUACACACACGCACGUGUGCGGUAUUAUACUUCGAUAGCAGGAAUCAGUGGUUAAAAAAUUCUGUUGUCCCUUUCUUGUUAUCACCCUUUUGAAGCAUUAUACAGAAUUAUCAUUAUGUAAUGUAAUACUCAGUAAUGUUUGUGUCACAUGAAAUUUUUUAAAAUGUCCUUAGCAUAAAGGUUUUAGGUCUCAGAAUCUAGAAAAGCUAGUUUCAGAUAAGCUCUGUAGUAAAGAUAUUUGAAUUUAAUUCCAAAAAUUCAUACAUAUGCAUUCCGUUCAUUAACAUCAUUGCUAAUCUUGUUAGAAAUAUUUUGUCACUUGAUUAUAAAUAAAAAAAAUAUCUUUGUUAUUUA